UGGCGAAAGACGGGCUGCCGAUGGCGGAGCAUCAGGCUCCAGAGUGCGGGUUCAGGUUCAGCCACUGGGCUGCGCGUGCUACUUUCGAGUUAGGUAAUCGCGACCCCAACGAAAAUCUUGGGAAAUGAGGGGAGAGAUGAGAUCAGUGGGUGGGAAAUUGGAAAACGUGGGGGAGGAAAAAGAGAUUGAGGAAGAAUCCAGAGGAUGGGUAGAGGAAGGGUGGAAAUGUGGGAGAGGGAGAGAGGGAGGGAGAGGAGAAGAGAGAAGAACGGGGGGAUGGGGGAGGAGAGGAGUCGAGGACAGGACGGAGAGGAGAAAGAGGAGGAGGAGGAGGAGAUGGGGGGGAGGCAAGAAGGAAAGUUAGGAGGACGAACCAGACACAGACAGACAGAGAGACACCGGGUGGACGAGAGACGAGGAGCCGAUAAGAGGAAUUGCCAGUUGCUAGUCAAGACUAGUAGCCCAGAGGACCUAAAGACUGAGAGUAGAAAGAUAGAAUGCAGGGACGGGACGGUGGAAGGGGUGGCCAAUGAACGAGCCAAAUGGCUGCUGGUGACGCUGCGGAUGGCGGAACGGGCGAGAGGAUGGAUGGAUGGAGAUUCCAGGCAGUUGGCAGCCCCCCUCCUCAUUGGUAGCUGGAUGGCCGAUGCCGAGUGGACCGAGCUAAGCUGCUAAGGAAGGGCCUGCAAGUGGGCGAUGGCGAUCUUCCGCAAAACAAAUGGUAGCCUGAUCACGCUGCGACGAUAGGGAUGGGCUCCCCGCGGGUGUUGGGUUUGAUUAGUUGGGACCCGCGCAUCGGUUGAUAGUUGAGAUUGCAGACCAUCCCCAGAUCCAACCCGACUAGGUUGACUCUCCCCAAGACUGUGAAA